AUGGAUCAAAUCAUUCGAUUCCUUGCGUGGGCUGCGCUCAACAGACAGUCCUACGUGUCUGGUUGGUUCAUCGAUACGAUCGGCCACGUGGAAGACUACACAGAACAGCAACUUUGCGCUCAUGUGAAGCAGAAGCUCGCCCAAGAUCGCACUACACCACCGCUGGACUUCGAUAAACUCCAAGCACAAGAUUUUGUCACUUGGUGCGGCUACGUUCUGCUCGCCUGGAUCGACUGCGAUUCCAUCAUCGACAGCGGACAUCAAACCCAUGAGAAGACUAAGGACAACGUGCGCAUACUGAACCAUUUCUGGGGUGGCCGAUUCCGGCGUGUCCCCGCCGGUUUUCACGUGGCGGACUGCUCGACACGUCAGUGUGGAUCCUGUGGAGAUGUGGCAAUGAAGCUAAGCGUUGGCCUCUUUUUCGUCUUCUUGACGGCCGAGACGUGCCUGACAGAAAGCAGCAGAGGCGCUUGA